AUGGAGCCGCUACGGGACUCGAGGAGAGCCAACCUUCCGCCCCUACGCGAGCUUCUCUCACGCCUUGACCAGAUCGACCCCCGACCUCAGGAAACCGGCCCCAGAGGCUACCCGCCCACGGGUCCGGAUACAGCGAACGGCAGCAGCCCAGCCACACCUCAGGGUCACUACACACUCUCGCCACCGCAACCCCACGAGCUGAACCGGCCCAAAUGGUUUCAGACUCAGGAAGAGAGAGAGAGCAGGGAUCAUUGGCGUCAUUUGCCCGGCCGAUACCCAACACCGCCUCGAGACGCUCCGCCGCCUGCUUUAUCGUCCUCCGCCCCCCCUCCCCGGCCGCCUGUCGACCGGUGGAUGAGUUCUCCUUACAGCCAGGGGCAUCCCGACAUCCAGCGGGGACCUGACAUCCCCACAGACCAUAGCCACUCGAGAUUCGGAUCCUUCCAUGAAGGGCACGGCCCAGGGGGGUACAGAAACGAGGAGUAUUGCGACCGGCGGUACGACCAGGGUGGUGCCUACGUUCACGGGCACUACGACGGCGUAAGGGGUGGCAGCCAGAUCUACGACGGCCGCGGAUACGACCCACGCCCGUCGGGCCCGGGGUCAGCAGGAAGCCAUCAGCCAGACUCUCCCGCGAUCCCUGCUCACCAAGCGAGAGGGAAGCGGAACCGGCCAAAUCUGCCCAAGGAAGCGGUCGAUAUCAUGAUGGCCUGGGUAGACGACCACAUUGAGAACCCGUAUGAGCGGGAGGACAGGCCGGAGCUGAUACGGCGGACGGGGCUGGAAGAGAGACGGGUAAUACACUGGUUCACCAACUUCCGCCGCCGCAAAUGGCACAAGCAUAGGGUCGACUUCUACAGCCGCGAGGUGAGCAAGGCGAAGGCGGCGCGCCACGCCGCCGAGGAGGAAGCCGCGCGCAACCCGCCCUGCUCGGCCGCCGCCGAGGCCGCGCGCCGUGCCGCCGAUGCCGCGGCCAGACGUGCCGCGGAGGCGGAGGCGGCCCGCUCGGCGGCAGAGAAGAACUACCUCCGCGCCAAGGAGAGGUGGGAAAGCUGGGAGGAUGACCAGAAGCGGAAGCGCGGGGCCGAGCGGGAGGUGAAGAGGAAAGCCGGGUUGUUGGUUGACGAUGACUCGGAGGAUGAUCUUGAUUAG